CGAUCCCUCGCUACUGCCACCACCGCCGCCAUCAAAAAAGCUUCCCACUUCCCAACCCAAAAAACCCCAAAAUGACAACCACAGACACCAAACCCCCAACCUACUACUUCGCUUACGGCUCAAACCUCUGGCUGUCACAGAUGCACCGCCGCUGUCCGGGGCACAAGCUAAUUGGCACAGCACUGCUCCCCUGCCACCGCUGGCACAUCAACACCCGUGGCUACGCAAACCUGGUCCCGACCACCACCACCAACAACCACCACCACCACGACACAUACGGCGUCGUAUACACGCUCAGUGAAUCCGACGAGGCGCAAUUGGACCUGAGUGAGGGAGUGCCAUAUUGGUACCAGCGGGUCAAACACCCGGUUAAACUCCUUCCCUCAUCCGGAGACGGAGGAGAUGGGGAGGGGGAGGGGGAGAGGAUGCUGGAGGAUGUGUUGGUUUACAUUGAUACGAUAAGAACUACAGAUGGGUCUCCUAAGGAGGAGUAUAUUCACAGGAUCAAUAAUGGGUUUAGGGAUGCUGUGGGUAUUCCGAAGGAGUGGGUGGAGAGGUAUGUCAGGAAGUAUAUCCCCGCCGGAGUGGAGGACAUGGUGGAGGAUCCGUUCUUGUUCAAGAGUGAGGGGGAGGUGGAGAGUGCUGUUGAGAAGGAGGCUUCAAGGGGAGGCUACUGUCCAAGGUUGAACUGAAUGUAGUAGAUGGAUAGAUAAGCGCUUGGACAGGAUGGGGGCUCUCUUUAUGGAAUUUUUCUUUAUAUAUUUUUAUUUCACCUGCCGGA